AUGGCCGCAUAUAAUGGCAAGGUGGACACGCUGCGCCUCCUCAUCGAGGCUGGUGUCGACCUCAAUGUCAAAGAUAGGAGCACUGAAGCUGAUCCUGGAGGCUGGGGGCAAACGAAGCAAGCAGUGAGGCCGCCCUGGCGAUUGCGGCAGCUUGCAGAAGCUGUGAUCAUGUUCGUGAUCGUUCUCAGCACUUUGGCGUGGGUGAUUAUGAUCCUCACUAUCAUCUCGCUGCGGAGCACGAGCGUAGGAGCUGCCCUGGCCUUGACAUUGUUUGCGUUGCCCUUGAGCCUUGCAGAGCCUGACAUGUCUGACAUGAACCGAGAAAACCCUGUUAUCCGAGUGUUGGAGAUCCUUUGCGAUUCGGAAUGUGAGGAUUUGGAGCAUGGUCGACGUUUGGGGGUUGGCCCCAAAGCCCCAAAGAACGAGACCCCAGCGACUCAGCUGGUCGUGCUGGCCACGAUUGCCAUGGUGGAUGGCACGCGGGUGUCCAUUCAGGGGAACCUGGCCGCGGCUAAGGAGCAGGAGGAGCAGCUUGCCGAGAAGGAGGAGCUCUUGAAGACCUUGAGUCAUGUGGAGCAUUCUGAGUUUGCGCGUGGAGACUUGGAGGCGGAGGCGAGGGGGCAGCCUCCAGACAUUUCUUUGGAAUUGGCCGCUAAGACUGGCGACGUGGCGGCCCUCGCGCAGCACGGUCAGGCCCAGCUUUGUGAAGGAGGCAAGUGGUGA